UUAAAAAAAAAAAAAAAAAAAAAAAGCCUAUUCUUAAAAAAAUCUUGAUUCUCACUCGCUGACCUAUCCCGAUAUCCGAGUUUCGCAACAGGACGAUUUAUGUAGUUAACGGAUUGAAGAUGCCUGGCGUUUAAACUUGACUAUUGGGUUCUUUCUUUCGAACGCAUAAGAUAGAGUGGAUUGAAGAGUGAACCCACAAAACAACCAUUUUAUUAUAUGGGUUCUUCUUCAACAUUAACCUUAACAUGUUUGCCAAACAUUUGCCCAACUAUUUCCCAAAGUAAGAAUUACAUCAUCAUCAAAAAUCCAACAUCAUUUCCACAUAAAGUUAGUAGUAGAAGCUCUAAUAAUAAGAAUAAUGUUAUAAAGUUUCAAUCUUUAUUAAUAUCUUGUAGUAGUAGUAGUAGUAGUAAUUUCAUUUCCUGUUCAAGAAAACCCAACUGGGUAAGAAAACAAAAUGAGCACGAUGAUAAAAAGAUCGAUUUUUUAGUUGUUAAUUUCUAUAAAUUUGUGUUUAUAAAACACCCUGAAGAUGAAGUCUCCAAACACCUUCAGUUUCUUGAGGGUCGUGACAUUCAUGGUCGGAUAUACAUAAACGAACAAGGAAUCAAUGCUCAGUACAGUGGACCAUCAGAAGAUGCUCUUGCAUACGUGAGCUGGUUAAAAGAAGAUGAGAAGUUUAAAGAUAUAUUAGUUCAAAUAUCUUCUCCUAUUCAUAGGCAUGCUUUCCCAAGACUCAAAUUGCGGUAUAAACCUUCCCUUGUACAGUUGGAAGGAGGGGUAUCACAUCUUCCUUUGGUUGACUCGUCUAUGCGAGCAACACCUAUUACACCAGCUGAAUGGAGGAAGAGAGUGGAAGCGGCAAAUAACCUUGAUGUUUCAUCAUCUUCCAAUCUAAAUGGAGAUGUCAUUCUAUUGGAUGUGAGAAAUGGUUAUGAAUGGGAUAUUGGUCAUUUUCGUGGAGCUCUCCGCCCAAAUGUUGACUGUUUCAGGAGCACAACAUUUGGGAUUUCUGGAUCAGAGGACAUUGCUACAGAUCCUUUAGCUAAUGUUAAUAAAGAAAACACGGAGAUAUUAAUGUAUUGCACAGGAGGCAUACGUUGCGACGUAUAUUCUACUAUUCUAAGACAAAGGGGUUACAAAAAGUUGUACACGUUAAGAGGAGGAAUUUCACACUAUCUAGAGUCUGAAGGCCCAGUUGAAUGGAUUGGAAAUCUAUUUGUAUUUGACUCCCGGCUCUCUUUGCCACCUUCUAAGAUUAAUCAUGAUGCCACAAGUAAUGGAAGCAUAGCACACGAAGUUCAUGAUAAUGUUGUGUUUGCUAAAUGCUAUAUUUGUGGCUCACAAGUCUCCGAAUUGAGGCAUCGAAAUUGUGCUAAUCUCGACUGCAACCUGCUACACUUGUGUUGUUCAAGCUGUAUCAGUGAUUUAAAAGGAUGCUGCUCCCCAAACUGUACAUCUGCUGCUCGGAUUAGACCUGUGCUUCCAGGUCAUGAAAGAUACAAAAAAUGGCAUCACUACCGAGAUACAUAGAGAGGGAGCUACACAAGCGGAUUUAGUUGACCAGUAUUGUAAACAAGUAUGGGUGUAUUUUGGUAACCUUCAGUUUUCAACCAUUUGAAGGAAGCAUGUAGUCCGAUUAUAUUUAUGUUUUCUUAUUGUGAUUGAUGUAUACGAGUUGCAGAAUAUGGCUUAUAUCAUCCUCAUUGGGUGCGACUAGGUUGUAAAGUUACAUAUUAAAGUUGUUAAUUUUGACAUGCAUGUGGUCAGUUCUGUGCACUCA